CGUACUAGUUUCCCUCGGUCAGACGUCGAACGCCAAAACUUUCCUCGAGACAAACAAAGAUGGCUGCGAUGAAGCUCGGAGCUUGCAUGCAAUGCGUCAAGUUCCUUUUAUUCGGCUUCAAUGCUUUGUUCUGGUUGAUGGGCUUGAGUGUUUUAGCUGUUGGUAUCUGGGCAAGAAUACAGUUUAGCGACUAUAUGAAGCUCUCUUCACACGAUUAUGCCACUGCUGCAUAUAUCUUGAUUGGCAUCGGCUUCUUGAUUGCUAUUAUUGGGUUUAUUGGGUGCUGUGGAGCUCUAAAGGAACACACAUGCUUGCUGAAAACUUUUGGGGUAAUUCUUGGUCUUCUCUUUCUUGUGGAAUUGGGAACAGCCAUUACUGGAUACAUCUUCCGUAGUGAGAUAAAGACAGGUUUGAGUGACGGGCUGGACACUGCCCUGAAGGACUACCCAGAACAAGGCUUCAAAGAUGCUUGGAAUGACAUGCAGAAGAAUUUGAAAUGCUGUGGAAGUAGGAACUACACAGAUUGGUUCAUGGUUGCCUGGGCAGGACCAAACACUAAGAACGGCUCAGUCCCUGAGUCUUGUUGCAAGGACACUAAAGUGAAGAGCUGCAAUCUGGAGGUUCUCAGUCAUCCAGAGACCAUCAACUCAGAACAGGGUUGCUAUGGUGCUGCUGUGAAGUAUUUUGAAGACAAGCUGGUUAUUAUUGGUGGAGUUGCACUAGGACUGGCAGUAUUCCAGUUGAUCGGCAUAGCGUUUUCCUGUUGCUUGGCCAGUACUUUGCAUAAUAAUCUCAAGUAUGAACUUGUCUAGGACCAAUAUAUCAACAACUCUGCAUUAGACUCAAGUCGCCGAAUAGAGCACAAAGGCCUUACUCUAAGGCUGCCAUAGCUUGAGAAAGAUACUUUACUAGAUUUUAAAGAUACUUUACUAGAGAUGUAUAUUUUAGAGCUAGUUAGAUUUCAAUAACUAAAAUAAAACACCUAGUUGUCUCCUAGGUAAGUUUUGAGGUUAUAGAUUUAAUUCCAUGCAAUGCAGAGACCUUCGUAGGGUUUAGAUAACUUCUAAUUUCUAACUUGAGGUUCCUGUGUACUGUAUACUAAACUGUAGCUACCAUACAAAGAUUACAACCAAUCAAAAUAGGUCAAGCCCUCAAAAAUACUAGUUUUAAUAGUUUAUACAAUAGUAGACAGAGAAGCUUCAACAACAUAAUAUAUAUCAAUGCACAACUGUACAUUUUGCAUACACACUGAGCAACUAUAUUGCAUUGAACAUAUGAUUAUAGAGUUUUCUCAAUUUUAAUAGCUUUUAUCUAAUUUCAAUUUUGACAGAAUUUAUUUAUGCACAAUGAAUGCCCAAAUGAACAUUAUAUUGAUUUAUAUCACAGUUUGAAAUAGAACACUAUCUCCUGAUACAGCUGACAUAUUUCAGAAUGUUGGCUGUUGAUAAUUAAGGGUUUGCAAAUGUUUAUGUUCUAUCAAUGUAUUUUAUUAUGUUCUUAUUUUUGUACACAAAUUUUUUUCCCUUUGUUAUUUGUUUAUUUGUGUUUAGUAAAAGUACUCCAAAUAGAUAAACUUUUUUAAUAAUUUCUUUUUGAGGAGUUAAUUGUCUAGUUUUAGUUGAGAAAAACUGUCAAAAUAAACUCCAACAGCUUUAAAAA